GCCCAGGCGCCUGGUUGCUAAGUGACCAUUCUAGAACCCCCAGGUUCUAUGACACUUCUCUGCGAUUCUGACACCAUCCACGCCACAGCCCAGCCUCCUCCCCAGGCCCACCCAGACUGCACAAUUUGAAGAUCGGCUUACCAAUCUUUCCCCAGUUCCUGUGAGGAGCCUGCAGUGGGCAUCUGCCCCACAUGGAACUGACAUCCCUAAAGGGAGAGAGAUAUGAGCCAGCCUAGCCUGGCUUUAUUUAUUUAUCUAGUGCUGGUUUUGAAAGGUAUUAAUGGAAGUUUCUUCAGGCCUCUCACCUGCCGACUGGACGCCACAUCGAAAAAACUCUGUGGUGGUGAAGCAGAGAUUUUCUACCCUCACCAAUGCUUACUGAAAGGAUGCUGUUAUCUGAAUAACUCCUGCUACUUCCACGUUCUUGAUGUUGACAAACAACGGCGCAAUGCAGGCAUUCUUGGAGGAAUCCUUGUUACUCUCACCAUCCUCUUGUGUAUCUUUUUCUCCUGGAGAUUUAAAGAGUUGCAGAAGAAGGAAAAAGCAUCUCGGACGUCACGAGGCGGGAGCGAAAUGGCCGAUUACUUAGUCAAGCUCUUAGAUGAGGAAAGCGAAGCUGACGACUACAAGGGACACGAGCUACUCGAUUCCUGGGCCCAAGGAAGCUAUUCACCCGAGCCAGGAGGAGGACAACAGUGGAGUCCGGAGCUUGGCUCUGAAACCAGUCCUGAACCAAUUAAACUAGCGGAAGAGUCUCCACCGAAGCCAGAACCUGCAGGUGGACCCCCGCCACCUUCGGAGCCCCCACCUCCAGCACCACCACCGCCAGAAGCAGCACCACCCCCACCGCCACCGCCACCGCCACCCCCACCGCCACCCCCACCCCCACCACCUCCAGAAGGAGCACCACCCCCACCGCCAGCACCACCUGGAGGACCGGCACCACCAGCACCACCACCCGGUGAACCAGGAGCUCCUCCUCCGCCACCACCGCCGCCGCCACCACCACCACCACCUGGAGAACCUCCACCUGCUCCACCACCUGCUCCACCACCUGGUGGUCCACCUGCUCCACCAGGAGCCCCUCCCCCAGCCCCUCCCCCGGCCCCUCCUCCAGCCCCACCGCCGCCCCCGCCCCCUCCCUAG